AUGCACAUUACAGCUUUCAGCCUCAUUGCGCCUUUGCUAUUGCUCACCUCUCAUGUCUUUGCCUUACGGCAUCAACCAACUGUGCUCAACUAUACAGAGAAUGAAGUUUGUCGCUACGUCCAUACAUCCACAAACAGACCCAAUGGUUCAUAUAUCCGCUUACUUGCUGAUGAGUCUAUUUCACAAUACGAAAUCUUCGGGUUCAUUUUCCCACCUGAAAUAAUACUUGAUUACCAUUUUCCUAAUGUUCAAAAAUUCUUUGAGUUGUAUUUUACAAAAAAACCAGAUUUGUACCAGGAGAUGAUGAACAAAGACGGGCUAUUCAAUGUUAAGAAAAGUGGGGCACAUACUGAAGAUGAAUUGAUAUUUUGGAGUGGUGUUAUUGACAAAGAAGUUCUAUUUCCUGUACCUGUUUCUAAUAUUUAUUGUGUCUACAUCGUCCCCAACUCUGAGAAGAAGCUUGACUUUGUAUUGCCAGUGGACUUUAAACAGCAUUACGGUAAUUUGAGCUAUCCACAUUAUUUAUACUUUGCCACCCUCAAGACAAUACUCACAAUUGCCUUAUCAUUACUUGCAACAAUCACUUACUACGUAAUAAUACGCAAGGAUUGGGAAGCUCCUAAAAAAAUAAGCCCAGUAGAAGCUAUAGCAAAGACGUUUGUGUUCUGGACUUUGGCUUCAUUUAUUGUUGCUUUCUCAAUUGACUUCAUACAAUUGUUAAUUGAAAACAAUUUCGUUGCUACUUACCAAAUUUCCCAAACCGUUUUGGCUUUAGAACCUAUUGCUGUACUUGCAAAACAGUUUUACGUUGGGCUUAAAUCGUAUCUUGCGCUAUUACUUUCAAUGGGGUUCGGUGUUUUAUACUACUACAACGGUAAAUCAGUCAACUAUGGGAACAUUCCUCGUAACUGGGUUUACAUUGCAUUUACAUAUCUAAUCUUUGAUAUUUUCACUGCAUUCAUUUGGCAAUUGUUACUGAAUCAAGAAACUAUAUCGUUAAUCGGCGAGCCUACGGCACAACCAAUUUAUGAGAAUGCAAGACACUUGGCGUAUUUAAAACAAUUCAACUUCCUAGUGUGGUUCGUUUUGGCAGCAUUGUUUUAUUUCAAAACCAAAAAGAGAAUCGCUACAACUUCCUCAAAAGCAGAUAUGACUUCAGCUAGUAACGUUGCUUUGGCGUUCAAAAGAUCAACCUUGACAAUAUGGAUCUUACCGCUUGUUGCAAAAUGUGUGGUUAUGUUGACAUGCUACCUUAUCAAGGUCAAUUUUAUUCAUCGAUUAAGACCAGUAUAUCCUCCAAGAAGCAAACUUGGCCCGAUGCUCGAAUUGAUUUUUGAUUUGAGACAGAUGCAACUGGCACAGAAGUUUGCUUUAUUGACCCCAAUUUGCUUAGAGGCUAUCAGUGCUUUUCUCACGGCAAGUGUUGUGUUUAUCGUAUGGGUCAAAAGCGGUAAUAGGAAAAUUAACCACAAAACUCAAUGA